AUGUUGUAGUUUUAGCCACGCCCAAUGAGCUGCAGAAAAAUAAACAUGUCCACCGACAGCUGCAACCUUUUGAUGUCGCAUCUCUCGCCCUCUCUCUCCGCUCCUCUCUCAGCCAAAGCAAAGAGGAAGAGCAGGACACCAAGGAAGGACGAAGAGCACUCGGACAGUGUACAGAAAUGGGGAGAGAAAUGGAAUGCAGUUAAUAAGCUGUUAAUCAAGCAAGGCUAUCCUCCCUUGGCAACAGAUGAGGAAGGUCUAAUAUCAACAGAUGAAACUGGCUCAAGCGUCAUAUAUCACACUCUUAAUCUUCUACUGGAGGAUCUGAAUAGAAAGGACAUGAUAAUUAAUCAUUUUAUGUCGUCUUCGGAGGAGACCCCACCUUCUACUGACGAUGCCCUAAACAAAACCACGCCCUCUUCAGAGAAUGAGUCCCUCAAGAAAUUAGUCACUGAAUUGCAAUAUCAUAACGCUAAGCUUAAAAUAGACGUAAUGAACAGGCCUCAUGCAGCUGAGCUUAAAGCAUGUCAGCAAAGAGUGAGUGACCUUGAGGCUGAAAUAAAGCAGUACAGAUCUUGUACUAAAUUUGAUGAGGUUGAUGUCCGUAAUGCCAUUGAACACUUAAAGGAUAUUGGUGCUGUUUUAAAAGUUGAUAAACUAAUUGAUAUUAUUCCUACACUCUUAUCACUUCAAAGGGAAGUUGAGAAGUAUAAAGACAUUGAUCCUUAUCUUCAUGCAAUAUCAUCAGCAGUUGAUUCCUCAUCUCAUUCUAAUCUUUUCUGUCCUUCUUUGUGGGCAAAUGCUUCAAAAGAAAUAAAACACUGGAGGGAUGAAAUUGAUGAAUUAAAAGAGUUGCAAGUUGUAUUCAAUGAUUUAUUGGAGGCAAUAGAGAGUGAUAGAAAUGGCUUGAGAAGUACCGAGACUCAUAAAGCUUUGAGGAAGAGAAAAGGAAGCAAAAGGACUCCAUUGUCUUGCAAGCAAUUGAAGGAUAUUUUACAAUCCUGGCUCCUUCACAUUGAGAAUGAGAAGGCAGCUCAAAUGGGCAUUGUCUUAUCAAUGAUACGUCACUUUCAGCAACUGUUUGAUGUUCCGUCGCUAGGUGGGGUCUAUGUUGCCAUGACGAACAUUUAUCGGCAGUUUAGUGAGGCACAUACAGCUUAUAGACAGCUAACAUCGUUAAUGAAUCGCCCCGGUUGCCCAUGGCAGCAGUUAGUGUAUCUGAUAGAGAAAACAAUUGAAUGCAAAGAAAAGAAUUUUUAUGUUCAGUUGUGCGAUGAGUAUGGAGACUUAAGCAGUGAACAGGUGAUGGAUGCAUUGGCUCUGUCGUCAAAGUUUGUUCCUGUGUUUCAUAAAAUGACCUGUGACCUGCAAGGAAUACUAAGAGUGGAGUCACUCAGUGCUAUAUUGCCAGCUGUAAGGAGACUGACCUAUUCAAAUCACUGAAGACUAUUCACUGUAUGCAAUAUAUACAUUUUAUUAUUUUAUUUGGCAGUAUCACUUUUUAUUUUAUUUAUUAAUUAAUUUAUCCCUUGACCAUUCUUCACGGAAA